CUGGGAGCUGAUACAGAAAGCAGACCUGCCGAAGGUUGGAGGUCCAUUUUCUGAGAGCAGCAAGAUCAUCGAUUUCGCUCGUAACCCCGUUUUCUAAUUUCUAUGGCUUUCAAGAGAUUUGGACUUCUUAGCGACCAACGCGCCACGAACUUUACCAAUUUCUUCAGCCCUUUACCAUGGAAGAUUCUCCAUUCUUGCUGUAAUCUCACUGUUCUUUACCAAAUCAACAUAUGGCUUCUCUGUUUCUUCAAGCAAUUCCCUCUCACUCUCUCUCUUUCUCUCUCCCCGUGCCUCGAAAACCUUCAAAUUUCCUAUUCGGUCUCUAAACCUAAUUUCUAAGAAACCCUUGUCCUUCCAACAACCUCCCUUUCGACGUCCCAACCAUUUGGGGUCUCUUAGUUCUUCAAAUACACUGUGAUUUGUCCUAUCUCAGACGGAACGGCUAGAACCCAUUUCGGUUUUUGCUUGUUUCAUUGCUUCGAAGUCCGAUUAGGGUUCUUGGAGGUGGGGAAGAUGAAGGUCUUGUUUUGGGUUUUCGCCAUUCUUCUGGUUUCGGGGAUUGCUGCUGCUGUCCCCAAUGCCGUCCCCACUGAACGAAUUUCAGGAAGUGCUGGGGAUGUGUUGGAAGAUAACCCAGUGGGGAGAUUAAAAGUGUAUGUUUAUAAUCUUCCAAGCAAAUACAAUAAGAAGACUCUUCAAAAGGAUCCAAGAUGUCUCACUCAUAUGUUUGCUGCUGAGAUAUAUAUGCAUAGGUUCCUGUUAAACAGCCCUGUCCGAACACUCAAUCCUGAGGAAGCCGAUUGGUUUUAUACUCCUAUAUAUGUCACCUGUGAUCUCACCCCCAAUGGCUUGCCAUUGCCCUUCAAAUCCCCACGAAUGAUGCGUAGUGCCAUUCAGCUAAUCUCUUCCAAUUGGCCUUAUUGGAAUAGAACUGAGGGUGCGGAUCACUUCUUUGUUGUGCCCCAUGACUUUGGAGCCUGCUUUCAUUAUCAGGAAGAGAAGGCUAUUGAUCGUGGAAUUCUUCCCUUGCUCCAGCGUGCAACAUUGGUUCAAACUUUUGGACAAAGGCACCAUGUUUGCUUGAAUGAGGGUUCCAUCACUAUUCCUCCAUAUUGUCCUCCCCAGAAAAUGAAAGCCCACCUGAUUCCCCCUGAAACUCCUCGUUCUAUCUUCGUCUAUUUCCGGGGGUUGUUUUACGAUGUUAACAAUGACCCAGAAGGUGGUUAUUAUGCAAGAGGUGCAAGAGCAGCAGUGUGGGAGAACUUCAAAAACAAUGCCCUCUUUGACAUCUCUACUGACCAUCCAACGACAUAUUACGAAGACAUGCAGCGAGCGGUCUUCUGUUUAUGUCCUCUCGGGUGGGCACCAUGGAGCCCAAGGCUGGUGGAAGCAGUGGUGUUUGGUUGCAUCCCUGUUAUCAUAGCUGAUGACAUUGUCCUGCCUUUUGCUGAUGCUAUUCCAUGGGAAGAAAUUGGUGUGUUUGUAGACGAAAAAGACGUCCCCAACCUCGACACGAUCCUCACGUCCAUACCACCCGAUGUGAUAUUGAGGAAGCAAAGACUGCUGGCAAAUCCGUCAAUGAAACGAGCGAUGAUGUUCCCUCAACCCGCCCAAUCAGGCGAUGCUUUCCAUCAGAUUCUGAACGGAUUGGCUCGAAAAUUGCCGCAUGAGAAGAGUAUUUACUUGAAGCCUGGUGAGAAGAUUUUGAAUUGGACUGCAGGGCCUGUGGGGGACCUGAAGCCUUGGUAGACAAAUUAUUCAAAUUUUUGGCUGUUUCUUAUUUCAUACAAAAUGUAUCAGGUAGAAAAAGCUUUAAGCUAUGCCAUACUUCCCCUACCUCAAGUUUUGUUUUUGCAGUAUAUAACAUUACUUGUAUUGUUUCUUUAGUUUUGUGGAAUAGUUGACCCAUUUGGUGAAAAACAUUGAAAAGGUGCAAUAAUCUCUCCCAAUUAUCUGAACAA